AAAUAUAUACAAAUAUUUAUGUAUGUAUAACGGGUGCAGUUAUAAAUACAGAUACCAUUUAAGCGCACCAAGUGCCUGUGCUUAUUAUGCAAACACUUAAUACAUGUUAUCAGAUAAAUGUUAAGCGUUUCUAGACUAGGUUUGCUGUGUGUAUAUUACUGUAGUCCAAAGCACUAGUAUCAUAACUAGUAUUGUGUUUGACAGUAGGAGCUGUAGAUCAUUCUUUCAUCAUAUCAAGCGUGCCAAGACUAGAUGAAAAAAAAUAUUGUAGACUUUGUUUUGGCACAAAAAUUCUUAAGUUAUUGCUAAAUCUGGACGAAAGUCACCUGGAAUAUUGUCAUAUACAACAAUGAACUCAACUGAACAAGUCCCCGUGUGGGAGCCUCGCGACACUGUCAAUGAGUGCACAGUGUCUUUAGCUGAGAUGUUCCCUGAUAAAGAGCUGUUCGUAUUUUAUCACAAAGGCCAGAGAGAUUCCUAUACAGCUUUAACUCUUUACACGCUGGCUGGACGCUUCGCAGACAGAUUGCGUCGCCAUGGUUUUCAACGUCAGGACGUCAUCGCAAACACGUUGCCAAACAGCCCGGAAAGAGUUAUCACUGACUUGGGAAUUAUUCUGGCUGGAUGUAUUACAAUGAACCUACAGCACUUGUUGGUAGAUGGCUCCGAUCUGUACCACACAGCAAGAAAGAGCGGCUGUAAGUGUGUAAUCAUGUCUGAUAACGAGCAAUGUCCCACCUGGCAACUCCUUAAGCCUUACAUUGCCGGGGACACUGAUAACUUCAUCACUAGCAUUUCCAUUGACCACACGCCUGAGAUGACGUCAUCGAUCGUCGUGACCAGAAACAGGACAGGUCCAAGGAAACCUUUGCUGGAAGACUUGACCAACAGCGACGAGGAAGUGUUUGUUGACAAAGUCAGCCCAUCUGACCUGGCCGUUAUCUUCUGUACGUCCGGCUCCACUGGCUAUUCCAAACUUGUGCCGAGGACGCACGCUGAUACAGUGAACUGUCUACUGAUGCGAGACGUGGCCUGGUACAGGAAAACUUACGGGCAGACCGUCAAGAUUACAAUGUACAGCGAUAGGCUUUUAGGUUGGAUUGGUGGGUUCUCCUUUUACUCUACCGUGGCUGCUGUUACCAGAGUCUUAAAAGACAGCUAUACACUGGAUGAGUCCACGACCUCUCAAGAUUUUUGGGACGCAGUCACUAACGAAGACUGCACGUUCGCUAUCAUGGCCCCUCUUGAAGUAGAGAAAAGAAUUACUCACAUCACAAGUUCCGGUGGAGUAUUCCCCAAAAAGUUGAAAUAUAUAAUAGUCAUAGGCCAGCCAAAUACAAAGGAACAAGUGAAAAAAAUGUUUCUGUUAUCAGAGAGUGUAGUUGUAGCUUACGGUUCAACUGAGGUGUCUUCAAUCGCAGGGAUAACCGUGCAAGAAGACAACUACGAGUCUUUUAACUGUGGCAAACCUUCAAAAGGGAACAUGCUACGUGUCGUUGGCGACCAAAAUGGAUUAUGUAAACCCAAGGAAGUUGGAACUAUACAAGUGAAAGGGGAAAGAGUAUUCAGUGGUUAUUACAACAAGUUGGAACAUCCAGAUCCGGACACGUUGAAGGCAUUCACGGAAGAUGGUUGGUUUAAUUUGGAGGAUUGCGGUUACCUUGACGACGAAGGGAAUGUGUUUGUUUUGGGUAGAAACAAAGAGACAAUCACCUACGGAGCUGCUGUUGUGUAUCCUGGUUGGCUGGAGGAUCAAAUCUCUUUACAUCCGGAUGUGAUUCUAGCCUGCGUUGUACCCGUUUCCGACCCAGUCCUGUUUCAUAACAUCUGCGCAUGCGUGAAGCUGUCUUCCACAAGUACAGUCGGUGUUGAAGAGAUCAAAUCUUUCUGUGAUCAACGUUUUCUACCAAAUCUCGUGUCUGCAUACACACCUAGGCCUGCAUUCUACUUGAUAUUCAAAGAAGACUUUCCAGAGUUAAAAACAGGCAAACCAGACAGACUCACGUUAAAACGUUUGGCUGAGGAACAGUUUGGUUAUAAAAAAGAGUAGAACAUAAAGUUUGAUGAUUGAGUACCGUCUCCAGUGGUUCUGCUCUGCAUGCAUUUGAUGUGCAAAUAACUUGUCUUUUUUUUACAUGAAUAUAAUUAUUUUACGAAAUUGUCUUUUAAGAAAAUGCAUAUAAAAUAAGAUUCUUUGGUAAUAAAUAAAUUUAAAUAAU